AUGCAGGGCUUGGUGCGGCGGCAGCAGCAACAUCACCACCACCAACACCACCAACAGCAGCAGCAGCAACAACGACAGUACGAGAAGCAGAAUGAGCAACAUGACGAGCAGCAGCAACAUCAUCAGCAGCACAUGCAGAAGCAGCAACCAAUGCAGGAGCAGCAGCAGCAGCAACAGGAUAGCUGCGUGCCUGUGCUGCAUCUCUAUGAGAAGAAGGAUGGCUCUUGUGUAACAGCAGCAGAUUGGGCGUCACAGGUAGCCAUCCUUAAUACAAUAAGGCAGCAGUACCCAACAGAUGUCUUUAUUGCUGAGGAGACACUUAAUAUAUUUGCCCCUCUUCUACCUCAUGGGGGCCCCUGUAGCAAGGGGCCCACACACCCUGACGAGGAACGACGCACUGCAGCAGCAGCAGCAGAAACAACAGCAGGAGGAGCAGGAGGAGGAGCAGCAGCCGCAGCAGCUGCAGCAGCUGCGGCACACGAGCAGCUUCUUAUCGAGUUGGAUCUUCCAAGACAGAAGCAGCUACAAGAGGAGGAGGAGGGGGGGCCCUGUACCUUUGCUUCUGCUGAUACCCUGGUUGAGGGGCCCCCCUCCCCUACUAAGUCCUUACAGGCGACGACUGACCGCAUGCAGUUGCUGCGGGAGGUUGUGUGGUUGCUGUCUGAGGGGGCCCCACAGCACCUCCGUUCCCUCCUGCAGGACGGACUGCAGGAAGAUGCUGCAGCAGCAGCGACAACAGCAGCAACAUCAGCAGCAGCGAGGACAGCGGAGGCGUGCAUGCACAGUGGGGACCCUAAGGAGGGGGCAAGCGGACACAAUUGGGUUGGGCCCGCUACAGUCACCUUCCUUAAGGGACUGCAGCGGCUGCUGCGGCGGCCCGGGGGAUUUGCAAGACAGGGAGAGUCUGCCGACCCGUCAGCAGCAACAGCAACAGCAGCAGUAGCAGCAACAGCAGCAGCAGGUGAUAGAAAAGUGGCGCAGCAAAUGCGUCACUGGCUUGUUGAUCCAAUUGAUGGAUCGCGAGGCGUCUUUGGAGAACAGCGAGGCUUUUGCUUCUCUACAGCUGUCGCCCUUUUGGUGGGCCCACAGCAGCAGCAGCAGCAGCAAGUGCAGCAGCAGCAAGUGCAGCAGCAACAAGAGCGGCAAGUGGAGCAGCAACCUCAGCGCUGUCCGCAGCAGCAGCACAUGCCUUCACCACCUACGACGUCCAAACGGCCUGAACAGCAGCAGGAGCUACAUAAACACCCGCAGCAACAGCAACAGCAGCAGCAACAGCAGCAGCAGCAGCCAAGGGUAGUACUGGCUUCUAUCUGCUGCCCUUCUUACGACUUGUGGCGCAGCAGCGGCAGCAGCAGCCUUUUGCCCUUCUGUACACCUAGGGGCUCCCCGUCUUUAGGGCCUUCUGACCCUACCCAGCAGCAACCGGCUGCUCCUGCUGCCUCUGCUUCUGCUGCUCCUCCUCCUGCUACAGCAGCACCUGCUGCAGCAGCUGGGCAUUUGCCUGCCGAAGGUAGUGGCAUAUCAGACACAGAGAAGGGGACCAUGGGACCCUCUAAAGGCGGUGGAGAUUUGAAUGGUACAGCCCGGGGGGACAAGGGGCCCCCAGAAGGGGCCCAAGGCCCCCCAGGAGGGGCCCAGGGGCCCACUGCAACGGCCCAAAGGCCCUUGGUUUGCGCUGAGUUUCUUCGAGGGUGUGUGCUAACAACAGCAGAGGGCCUCCCUGCAAGACUCACAGUGAGAGAUGUGCUUACAGGAGAAUUGCUGCACCUCGUGCAGCAACAGCAGCAGCAGCAACAGCAGCAGGAGCAGCAGCAGCAGGAGCAGCAGCAGCAGGCACGCGCUGCGUUUGUUCCGGUGGCCGACUGGCCACUAUGUGACAACCCUAACCAUCGAGAGGUUGGGGUCUCCCCUGCAGCAGAAGAGACAGCAGCACCUGCAUUAACAGAAGGAGCAAUAACAGCAGCAGCAGGAGCUGCUGCUCCUGUCCCCUUUCGCUGGACAGUGUCUGUGCCGAACUAUAAGCAGACGCAUCCAUUGUUGCAGCAGCAUUUAUCGGGGUCCCAUAGGACUGCAGCAACGAGUCCCUUGUUGCUGUCUCCUAAGAGUAGCCUCAUGGGGCCCCCUGCCUCCUCGGGCCCCCAUGGGGCCCCCCAAGGUCGUACGGAGACGGGGGACAUGCUGCCCUUAAGCGGGGACUCCCAAGAGGAAGCACCGAGGGUCACCAGCGGCGGGGUCCCUCAAAGAAGGUACCCCCCUUUGAGGCCCUCUCUCCUGGGGGCCCCUAGAGGGCAGCAGUUUCUGUCUCUUAGAUGUGGUCAUGUAGUAAAGUACCUUGCUGUCGCCUUAGGCCACGUAGAUGCCUUUCUGCUGCUGCCUGCCUCCCGCACGGGGGGCCCCACGUGCUUACCCAGCACUUCAGAGCAGCAACAGCAGCAUCAGGAGGAGCAGGAGCAUGAGCAGCAGGAGCAUGAGCAGCAGCAGCAAACAGGGGCUCCUUAUUUUUCUAGGGGUGAGCCAGUUGAGAAGGGGCCCCCUCUACCUAAGGGGGGCCCCAGGGGCCCCUUGCACCGUUUAGGUAAUAAUGGCAUUGGUCCACCUAGUCCCCUUUUAAUGGUAUGGGACCAUGCAGCAGGAGCGGCAGCAGUAGAGAUGUUAGGAGGUAUUGUUCUUGACUCUAACAGGAGGAGGGUACAGGCAUACUGCUACCUUUCUCCCUUGUGUCCUCCCUCCUCUUUCUCUGUCUCCCCUUAUGGCGCCUGUCUCCAGCAGCAGCAGCUGCUGCAGCACAAACAGGGAACCCCCCCUGCUGCUCCACAGCCCCCAGGGGCCCCUUCAAUGGCCCCAGAGACGUACGGGGGCCCCCCUGCAGCAUUUGUUUUAAGGGGUGGAGCUUUGGUUGCUGCUCGCAGUGAAGAGGCAGCUGCCCGCGGCUUAGCUGCUCUUGAGGCCCUAAGGACAUAA